AUGGAUUUCAAAUUCGGAGCUUCCAGCUCGACCCCUACGUCGAAGAGCGAUACCCCCUCUACCACAGCACCCGCCUCUGGCUCCCUUUUUGGAGCUGCCACUGGGACGCCGACCUUCUCUUUUGGGACCUUGGGCGCUGCUUCUGCCCCUAGCGCCACUACUCCUGCAUCAACUGGCACAUCUCUCUUUGGAAACCCCGCCGAAGCCCCUAAGCCCGGCGGCCUCUUCGGCUCGACCCCGACUAGCAAGCCUGGCACCUCGGCAGGGGGCAGUCUUUUCGGCGGAGGCGCGACUACGACGUCUUCUGGCGCCGGAGGGUUGUUUGGAAACGCCCCAUCCACUACAGGAGCAACCGGUGGCCAGUCCGGAAGCAGUCUUUUUGGCGGUGGCGCCGGCGGUGCUCCAUCCGGAACCCCCCUCUUCGGCAAGCCUGCAGGAGCUGCCUCGACCUCAUCCAAUAUCUUUGGCGGCGGUUCGACUACCCCCGCGGCGGCAGGAACGACUGGCGGUCUAUUUGGUGGAGGUGGCAAGGCAGGCGCUGCGGCUAGCUCAUUGACUCCUACCACUUCCGCCCCCGCCGGUGGCUCGCUUUUCACCCAGGCAACCCCGGCCAAGCCUCUUUUCGGUUCUCUAUCCUCUACAACCCCUGCCGGAGCUCCUACAUUGUCGCUAGGUGGAGCCCAGCCUUCACAACCGUCUUCGACACCGACCUUGUUUGGCGGCGCUGCUGCGAAGACUCCUACGACUACCACCGCCGAACAGCCACCCGCAGCCGCUCCCUCGUCGAUCUUCGGGAAAGCCCCAGAACCAUCUGCGCCUAAGCCUGCUGCCGCAGCCGGAGGUAGUCUCUUUGGACAGAAGCCCACGACUACUGCCGCACCGUCAACUCCUAGCUUGUUCGGCACAACUACGCCGGCGUCCACAGCUGCUCCCGCAAGCUCAACCACACCAGCCUUUGGCGGCGGUUUAUUUCCCCAAAAGCCAGCGACGACUACCCCCGCCGCCGCAACCACCACUACUCCUGCGACCUCGGCAGCCCCAGCUGCCGGAGGCCUAUUUGGCAAGGCCGGAGCAGCCGCUACAACACCGGCUGCGCCAUCCGCUGGCAGUCUCUUUAGCAAGCCUACGACCACGACGGCCGCUCCGUCUACCACCCCCGCCACAUCUGCUCCAAGCACCAGUCUAUUAGGUGGGGCCAAACCGGCCGGGUCGUUGUUUGGCGCUACACCAACAACCUCUACCUCCCAACCCGCCACCACAGCGGCUACUACGGCAAGCGCCCCUGCUGCGGCUGCUGCGGCUGCUCCUGCUGCCUCCAGUCUCUUCGGUGCCAAGCCAGCCGCGGCAGCUGCGGAUGGUGCCGCAAAAGAUGGAGCUGCUGCUACUGCCGCCGCUCCUGCAGCUCUCGGUGCUUCUACCUCUGGUCCUCCAUCUCAACUUCCUAGGUUGAAGAACAAGAGCAUGGACGAUAUCAUCACGCGUUGGGCCUCGGAUCUCUCGAAGUACCAGAAGGAGUUCAAGGACCAAGCGAACAAGGUGGCCGAGUGGGAUCGCCUCCUCGUCGAGAAUGGUGAAAAGAUUCAGAAGCUCUACCUUAACACCUACGAGGCGGAGCGCGCCAGCAACGAAAUCGAGAAGCAGCUCAUGGCGGUAGAGAGCCAGCAAGACGAGCUGGAAGCAUGGCUUAACCGAUACGAGGCGGAUGUGAACGAGAUGAUCACCAAACAGGUCGGUCAGGGUGGGGACCAACUUGGUGGCCACGACCAGGAGCGAGAGCGAACCUACAAGUUGGCGGAGAAGCUCUCGCAGCACCUCGAUGAGAAGAGCAGGGAUUUGGCCACCAUGGUCAAGGAGAUUAACGACGUUUCGGCUACCCUGAGCAAGACCACUCGUUCCGAAGAUCCUGUGAGCCAGAUUGUCCGUGUCCUUAACGGACACCUUACGCAACUGCAGUGGAUCGACACGAACACUGCUGCGCUGCAGGCCAAGAUUACGGCUGCGCAAAAAGCGAACGGCACGCUCGGCAGCCAGCAGGGAGUGUCCGAGAACGACGCGGCGGAGAGCUUCUACCGUUCCUACAUGGGACGCAAGUAG